GCGAGCUGGGCCGGCUGGCCAAAGCCCUGAAAGAUUACAGGAAGCUGAAGGUCUUGCGCCUCGACAACACUGAGGUGGGUGAAGCAGAGGCCGAGGAGUUCUGCAAGGCGCUUGGGCUGAACGACACAAUCACAAAGCUGGAGAUCCGCGCACUCGCAGAUGCUCUGAAGUCCAACUGUACGAUCACCCACGUCAACCUCUAUCGCAACGAUAUCAGAGGCGAGAGCGCCAAGGCACUCGCGCAUGCCCUGAACUCCAAUCGCACCGUCAUCCGCGUCGACCUCAGUGGCAACAACAUCGGAGACGAGGGCGCCAAGGCACUCGCAGAUGCCCUGAACUCCAAUCACACCGUGAUCUGCGUCGACCUCCAGUUCAACUUCAUCGGAGACGAGGGUGCCAAGGCACUCGCAGAUGCCUUGAAGUCCAACUGUACGGUCACCGACAUCAACCUCGAGUACAACAAGAUCGGAGACGAGGGCUCCAAGGCCAGGCGGAGCCCACAGGGUCUUUGCAGCUUGCAGUUUCGACCCCCGCUUUCCUGUAAGAGGCACUCGAAGACGUUCGCAAGUUCAACCAUGUUGUCUAUGUCGUGA